AUGAUGGACUUUGAAAUCGACAAUCUCACCGUCAUCCUGCUCUUCCUCCUAGCGACACUAGCAAUCUACCAUCGAUUCUUCUCUACUCCCCAACCACUCGUUCAUCCUCUCCUUCUAGGAAAACAGAGCGAGGUAUCAUCGGUGAGGAAGAGCGGCGAGACUGGGAUUUAUAGAUCGUGGGCUACAGGUCAAGGUGCACCUUUGACGGUAAGACCUGCAAAUUCAGUUAAAGUCGUUUCAGACGUUGUGAAUGGACCUAAGAUUACGGAUCGGACAAAACAAAGAUGGAUACUUGAUGUGCCUAUUACAGAUGAAGGGCUAUCAGAAAUCAUACGAUUAAUCCCUAUCGGUCUAUCACUACUCUUUCCCGACUUACCCCUCCUGUCAUCAAUCAUCAGCUUACUGCCUCCUUCACCUUCUACCUCACUUCCACUGUUAUUACUUUCCAUCGCAUCUACAAAGGACAGGCCAUUGGUGAUCCUCCCUACACCAAAACUACUCAGCUCGUCUUUGAAAUCUACUGCCCAUCCUGCAGGUGGUAUAGUGGUAACCUACGUUAGUCUCUUGGAAGAUGUUAUCGAAGAGAUAUAUGAAUGUCGAGGAUCUUCCUCGGUCGGUAUACUCCUUGUAGGAGAUCCACAAAAGAAGAGCGAAAAAGUCGUUGGUCAAGCUAAAUCGAAAGGGAUCAAUGUGAAGUAUUGGGAAGAAAUAUGGGAGGUUGCUGAAUCUCCUGAAGCUCAGACUCAAGUCGACGAUACAACUGAGAAUGCGUACUCGGAUGUUCAUAGUUAUUAUUACUCUGAACAAGGUGAUGAAAACGUAAUUACGAAGGUUACUCAUAUAAAUGUCACUGCUGGAAUAGCAUCUCUGCUUUCGCUUUUCCCAGCGGACAAAAGACCCUCUGCAGCACUGCAUGAUACAGUCGCAAGUGCUGUCCCGUUGACUACUCCGCUGGGGAUGACUAUUGCUCUUGCAAGUGUAUGGACUGGUGCAAGCUUCAGAUUGAUAGGAAACCACGAACCCACCUGGAACCCGGAGGAAGUGGAUCAUGCGUCCGAAUUGGAGGUAUUGGCAGAUAACGAGAAAGGUCUACCUAAACCGACCAUUUUGUUCAUCUCACCCAAGCAUCAUCACGCACUUCUCAAUCGACUCCAAUACACAUUCACUUCCCACCCUUUCGCUACUCUCGCUGCGAGACAUAAAGGUCAUUCAAUCAGAGCGGGACAUAUAGACAGGGAUAGUCUGUGGGAUAGGGUAUUGUGGUCGGGUAUGAGGGAGAAUGUCUUAGGUGGUAUAGCAGGUCAGAGAUUAAGGGGUGUUAUCUUAGUUGGAGAUGCUCCACCACCUGAUGCAUUGGGUGCAUCUCACCUACUACUCUCUCUACCUUUGACCCGACUUCACCCCUCGCCGUACUCUACCGGACCAGUAUUCGUCACUCAUUUCUACGACUUGCAAUCUCCCGGUGUGGGACACAUAUUGAAGGAAGUUGAUAUGUGGGAGAAUAAGACGUCCACGGGUGAAAAGGAGAUCGUACACUCCGGACCACCAGCAUCGAAUGUUGAAGUUGUAUUGAAGGGAGAUAGAGUGGAUGAAGGACAUAAGGAGGAAGGAGGGAACGAACCGAUCAAGGGUAGGAUCUGGAUUAGAGGACCAAGUGUUUUGGACAGGGUUGAUAGGGGACAAAGAGGUGAAAAUGAUGGGUGGGUGGAUAUUGGCGAAUAUGCUAAAGUCCAGACGAAUGGGACGUUUAUAGUGGAUCAUUCGGGUUUAAAAGCAGCACCAAAGAAGCAAUGA